ACAGUUUGUUUAUAUGAAACAUCAAGUCAGAGGAAACUACAUUGCCCCUAAAACAACCCCUACAUCAACUCAUAUGUCAUCAAACCUCAAGUCAAGGUUCCCAAAGUUUUACGGUGUUUCACGGUGUCAAAACUGUGGAACCAGUUGUCCAUUUGGUAUCAAGAAGUGUAGAUGUUGUGGCAUACGUAUUCUGAUUUCAGAGGAAACAGUCUAUGAGUCAGAUGAGAAAGACCUUGAGCUGAUCCCAGACAGUGUGAGGGAAGAGCUGAAUGUCAUAACUGCUAAAAGUGAAGUUUCAGUGCGAAAUGUUCAUGAAGGUUGCUUCCAGAGCACCCUAAACGAUUUAAAUGAUCUUCAGAAUACCUCAACUAGAAGCACUCCGAGGCAUUAUAGUGGUCCUCCUCCUCAUAAAGGAAUGUGCAGUGCCCAGGCCCAGUGCCUGACUCCGCUGUGGGAGGAAGUAGAGAAAAGGGAGGACACCAAACGCUUUAAAGACCCAACAGCCCAGGCAAGCUUCUCCCUUGAUAUGGAGCUGGAUGUGCAGAGUCAGGCUCAGAGGAAUGACUAUACCCAAAAUGACCAAUUACAUGUGGAAUUGGAAGGUGGAGCAAAUUACUGUGAUGCAGAUCAGGAAACCCUGCCAGAAUACUACAGUUUCAGAAGCACUGGCUUAGACCACACUGAAUGGAGCGAUAACAGCCAGAACAUGAAGGCGAACUACAAUUACUCUAUAAUGGCCACCAAAGGAAGUACAAAACCAUCAGAAACCACCAUGGCCAGCUCUGCAAAUUCUACUGAUGGUUUCUCUUGUCUCGACAACUCUUUCAAACUGACUGAUGAUUCAGGAGACCGUUAUGAAGGGCUAGGAAAUAAGAAUGUCUCAAGAAAUGAACAACAGAUUGGUGAGAAUCACAGAGAGAUCAACGUGGAGUCUGCACUCAAAUCCACUUCAAGUGUACAAUGCGGUGCUUCUUGCGCUCCUGUCUUUGCGAACCAAACAGUAGAUGCCUGUGGGGAUUUCAGAGCCUGCUUCACAUCUACACGUGCGACAGAGGUUUGUCAGAUCUCCCAAGUGAAAGCCUGCAGAGAUGUUGCUACUGACACAGACCCACUAACUGUCAGCUAUGAGAAAGAUACACAGACCAUGCAAAUGUCCACUUCUGAAAAAAGCACCAUCACUGUGGUCUACAUGUCUGACUUGGAUAUUAUCACAGAGGAAUUCAUACAACUAAAGGAGAAGGAGAAGGAACUGAAACAGCUGAAGGAUAUAAAGGCAAGGCCUGGUUCUGGCUUUUCUGAAAAGGGUGGUGGUGACCAAUGUGGCAGAGUUUGUGGGUGUGAAUGUGGACAGCAGGCGAGACGGGCAGAAAUGGGUCUUCUGGCCCUUCAGUUCGUCAUGUGCCAACAGCACUGCUGGAGAUGUUACUUCAUGUCCACGCUGGGUGAAAGUGCACAUCAUGGGACUGAGGCGCUGCCUGACAUCAUGGCAGAAACUCUGAAUACACUAGAGAAAGAUUACCAUAAGAUGAGAAGUCAGAUUCUUGCAGGCAUUCCUCUGGAUCAACUUAAGCCCCUGUCAGUAGACUCUGUAAAGAUAACCUCAGGGACAUACUAUAGCCCAGCAUCGGUGCUUGAGGCCCAUUUAGGCUCAUUUGACUGCCCAGGAAGUGCUGCUGCAAAUGUGAUUGAAGAAUCCAAAGAGAUGAGGGCACCUCUUUGUCAGAAGACUGAAGCCCCUCAGGAUGGACCACAAGAUGACAGCAGACAGCAGAAGAACGACAGAGCUGUGGUCGUCCUGAACAAGCAGCCAGUUGUUUCCAGUGCCAUCAAGGAUCUAAAUGUCAGUGAAGCUUGGUUUGAUGCAGAGGAGGAACUUGGGUCUCUAAAUCAGGAUGGAAAGAUGAAGAAUCAGAGAGAGGAGAGGGGAAAUUUGAACUACAAAAUGAACCAAAAAGGGACUGAUGAGAAUGAGUCAAACCAAAGGCUAAGCUCCCUUUUGCUUGUUACAUGCUUGCCAAGUAAUAUAACUGAGCGUGAAGUGCUGCUUUGGUUUGAGGAGUAUAAUGCCACAAGUGUUUGCAUAUCCACUUUCAGCAACAAUAUCAGGGGAGCUAUUGUUUAUCUCAAGAACCCAAGUGAUGCCAAGGCAGCUGUUAAAGGUCUAAACGGGUGUGGCCUCCAAGGUCACACUGUUCAAGUACAGCAACUCUUUGGGCCUGCUGAACCUGCUGGUGAUAGACCGGAAAUGAAGGGUGUUGUGCAUUACAAGUCAUCAGAAAGAGGACUAUGCUGUAGAGUGGACACGGACAGGUUGAUAAAUGUAUGUGACUCACCCACAGCCUCUGGCACCUGUGUGCCACAGCACUACGCCACCAUGGGAAGCUAUGACACAAUCAUGGCCCGCCUGGCGGAGCGCCACCCAAACAUAAGCCGCCAGAGGAUUGUAGAUGCCUUGCUGGAACUGCGGGCCAAGCAUCAGGGCUUCCUCAGUGGCCUCCCAUUGAGAUCUAUAGUGGAUAUGACCUCAGAGCUUCUCACACAGACCUCUACCCCCAAUUGUAUUUGAGUUUGAGCAGCAGUUAAAGCAUGACCAGUUGAGUGGUGUUCAGUUGUCAGUUCCAUUUCAAGCACUUUUCUCCCUUUUAUGUGCAACCAUAUGGUUGCAAUUCAUUGUUAUUGACACUUAUUUCUCUGAGUGAGCUCUGAUCUUGAAAACAGACAAAUAAGUUGAAUUUUAUUUUAGAUGUUUUUGACACUGUUUGGGUUUUCAGCACUACUGUUAUCAGAGUGAUACAAAUAAGUAUAAUUAACA